AUGAUUUUGGAUGAUGAAUCAGAUUGUGCUCUUUUGAACCGUUGGAUUGACUACGCAGUUGAAUGCAAUGUAAAAGAGUUGAAUCUUAACAUAUGGAUCGAUCAUAUGACGUAUGAGUUGCCUAAAAAGUACUAUGAGUUGCCUAAGAGGGUUCUCUUAGCAAAAUCAAUAACUGAGCUGAAAUUAUCCCAGUGUAAAUUGAAGUCAUUUUAUAGUGAUAUUAACUUACCCUCUUUGAAAAAGUUGGUUUUGGAUACUAUCAUGGGAAAUAAAGUUGUCCAAACUCUUAUUGAUGGUUGUCGUGAUUUAGAAGAGAUGAUAUUUAAUUGUUGUUAUGGGUUGAAAAGUAUACAGGUCUCAAGUCUUCCUAAACUUAUGGUCAUUGAGUUGCUACAAAAUUUCGAACUUGAGAGUGUUGAGAUCGAAGCAUCAAAUCUUGAAUCGUUGGUUUUCAAGCUUAGGAGACCAUGCAAAAUCAAACUAGGCCAGUGCGAAAAUCUAAAGAAGUUACUAUUAUAUUCAUGCAGCAUUAAUGACAAAUGGUUGCAUGACGUUCUUUCUAAACAUCCACUCAUUAACUGCUUGGACCUACGAGAUUGCGAUAUGUUGAAAAGGAUUAAGAUUUCAAGUCAUCACAUGAAGAGUUUGGCCUUUAUUGGUUGCUCCGAGUUGGUUGAAGUUGACAUUGUUACUCCUAACUUACAUAGACUCGAGUAUGAUGGUGAUGUUAUAUCAUUUUCAUUGAAUACUUCAAGUAUAUCAGAAGUUAGUCUCGCGUUUGAAGAUGACGAUUCUUCAGAUGUUGAGAAGAUUGAAUUCCUUGCAAAUUUAAGUCAUCCAAAAGUAUUAAAUUGGGGAACUUUCGAUGCCGAGGUACGUAUUCCAGCUUAG